AUGCGUUCCCCAACCAGAGAAGUCAUUUUUGGAGGAGAAACUAUGUGUUUUUGGGAGCUGUGUGCUCCAUGGUUAGAGCCUCUAAGGGGUCCAAAUGGGUUAGACUUGAGUAGGUUGAAAAAAGACAUACAACUUUGUCAGGAACGGCGUUCCGCGGAAUAUAUGACUCAUGCUCCUUUAGGUUCUUUAAAUUCCGUAGGUGGUGUAGCUACCAAGAUCAAUGCAGCCAAUUAUGUCUCUCCUAGAAGUUGGUUAGCUACCUCUCAUUUUGUUCUAGGAUUCUUCUUCUUCGUAGGUCAUUUAUGGUACGCGGGAAGGGCUCGUGCAGCUGCAGCAAGAUUUGAAAAAGGAAUUGAUCGUGACCUUGAACCUGUUCUUUUCAUGACCCCUCUUAAUUGUGAUAAGAAAGGAGAUCCAAUGCUUGAAUGA